AGUUUAGUUCUGCACAAAAAUAAACAAUAAACAAGUAUUUUGUGUUUAUCAACAAAAAAUCUAGUUUUACAAAAUAUUACUUGAAUUUUUAUUUAAAAGAUUAGCUAAUUGAAUUUUUAUUCAUUGUUAUCUUCAUUUUAUUUUUUCGAGACAGAAUAAAAAAAUGAAGAAACGUGAUGAAGAAGAUAAGAUUCCUCUAACAGAAAUACCACCAAGAAUUACUCAAGAAACGAAAGCAAGAUUUGAAUCCCUUCUAAAUGCUGCUUUGAACAAUGAAUCAAGCAAUGCUCCUUCUAAAAUUGAUGAUCACUGUGUAAUUGAAAUUGAGAAAAGUGAUCCACCAAAACCAUGUCCAAGGACUGUAACGCUUAAGAGAAAGGAAAUCUUAUUGCCAGCUGGUAACAAUCACAGUCGAGGGGGCUCGUCAACCUCAUCCAAAUCUUCUGAUGAUGUUUUUUCUCCUGGAUUACAGAAAAACAGUAAAAGGAGCCAGCUAGUGCACUCAGCCGAAGUGCACACUUCUCCCAAGCACCUUGGUGAUUCACCCAGGCAGUCUCUACUCAGUUCCCCAGAGCAGUCAAGUGUGAGCAGCAGUUCCCGAAAAAAGCCACAAGUGCUUCCAAGAAGCACCACAUUGGUGGCCGAGAUUCCUCCCACCACAUUGGUGGCUGAGAUGCCUCCCACCACAUUCGUGGCCGAGAAACUUCCCACCACAGGCUGGGAGAACGUCUCCGACACAGAAAGCUCCGAAGUUGUCACAGAGUUGAAGCUGAACACUCAACAGGACAAAUCCGAACUAUCAACAACCGAAAUACUGGAACAGGUGAUUAGUUCGGACACUUCCGAUCUCGUAGUUGCCAAAAUGGUGGAAGUGAGUAGGAAAAGUUCGAUUAGUGAUGAGAAAGUUGAGGAUAGUCCGUUGAAAGUUAAAGUGCCGAUUCCGUUGCCCAGGAGAAGUUUGACAACGUCGCAGAAGUCUGGAUCGACGUCUGAUGAGAGGAGUGCGAAGAAAGCCGAGAUUGAUUUGGAGAAUGAGAGAAAGAGAGCGUCGGCGGCCAGUCUCAAUCUGCUCAGCUCUUCCUCUCAUGAGGAAAGUGUGGUUACCAGGAAGAAAAUUAAACGAAAAAAGAAGACGAAGAAGCAUGAGGCCUCCGAACAAGUAGGAACUGAAUUGGCUGAAAUCCAUUCUUCGGCUAAGAGUGUGUCACAAAAAGAUAUCAUCGAUAAGCAACCAAAAACAUCAGUGACAACGAUGAUGGGGGUAACUAUACACGGUACGGACAGUCUGGAGCCUCAUACACUACUCAGACAUCCGAUGGUGAGAGUGCACAUAGUCGACUCCACGUGUGGUGAAUACCUGAAAAAGUCUGAUCCCAAUCGGUGUGUCAGUUUCUGUGAGGAAGACGUCGACUACAUUCUGCCAAUUAUGACAAGACAUUACGAUUUCAAGGAGAAUCGAACGUUGACUCCACAGUGGGAAGAAGUGUUGAUAUUCAACGAAGACAUAUCACACAUAGUGAAUCCGGACACGCUGCUCUUUUUCGAAAUCGUUGACUUUGUGAAUUUCACAAUCGGGGGCAUGCGCUAUCAGAGACUGGGCCACGACAGUGGGUGGCACUACGUGGCUUGGGCGUUUCUCAAACUAGUGGCCGUCACUGGUGAAACAAACACUGAGAAAAAGUUGCGACUUCAACUGUACAAGCCCAAUGUGCGAUACAAUGUACACAGAAAGCAAACCAGUCCUGUCGUGUUCGACUGGUGGAAAGAAGGCGUAAGAUACGCGAAGAAGUACUCGAGCACACUGUAUGUGACAGUGGGGGCUGUCACCCCUCCCCCCGCUCCACUCACCCCUAACUUGCGCUCGCGGGUUGCCCUGCAAACGGAACAGGGAUCGGUGAGGGGUGGAGAUGGGGGCAGUAUUACCCCUGCUUUCUUCACCGACAACGAGGACGAAUUGGAUUCUAGUGCACGGAAGAAUGAUCGGAGACCAUCAUCACCAAUUGAACCACCAGUUACGUGGACCAGGCUGCCAGCACAAAGCUGUAAACUAACCAACACCAGGCUGGCCAACAUCCCUAUCGCUCCAUCGGGCGGGUUUUCGCUUGCUUUUUCGCACUCUGGCCUGCUUCUGGCAUGCGGCACCUCGGGACCCAUCCACAUCUAUGCUGUGCCCAGCUUCAAGUUGAAAACCACUCUUAGUGGACAUAAAGGCCUGGUUUACGUUGUGAGAUGGUCGAGCGAUGACCAUUAUUUAGUAUCAGCGUCAGCCGAUUGUACAGCGUGUGUGUGGGACAUUAGGAGAGGACAUGCUCUUCAGGUGCUGAGCCACCCAUCGUUCGUCUACUGCGCAUCGUUCGUGGCACACUACGGGCGUCGCGCGCUGGUGACCGGUUGUUGCGACGGCGCAGUGCGCGUCUGGCGACAGGUACAGUCAGCCGCCUCCCGGUACACUCUGGUGCAAGAGCUGGCGCACGGCCACACUGGCUUUGUCGGCGCGCUCUGUGUGGACAGUGAUGGCCUCACUCUCUUCAGCGGCGACAGUUUUGGCCAGAUCAUGGUCUGGACCUGCGAUACUCAUUGUGUUGAAUGGACGUGCAGCAAAGAAGUGAAGCUGAGAGAAUUGAGAGGUGUUGUGAUCAACAACCUGGUGCUGCAUCCUGGUGGCAACCGCCUGCUCAUUCACUCCAGAGACAGCAUGCUCAGGAUGGUCGACAUUCCCUCCUUUGCUGUCAUUCAGUGGUUCCACGGCUGCAUGAACGAGCAUAUGAUGCAGGGCUGCUGUGUGUCGCCGUGCGGCAGCCUGGUGCUGGCCUGUAGCGAGGACGGCCUCAUGUGCGCCUGGGACAGCAACACGGGUGCGCAGCGGGCGCUCUACGCGCACCUGUUCGCCACACGCGCACCCGCCGCCGUCGCCUACCACCCGCACGAGCACAUGUGCGCCGUAGUUGCGCACACGCCGCAUCCCGCCGCGCCGCAGCCGCUCAUCGUUGCUGGAUACGACCGAUCGUCAUCUGGCGAAGGAAUGAACUUGAGACUAUUGGAGCAAGAAACCAACCAGCCGUUACAGUUGAGAGACUCCAAGUCCGACUCAAAGAACAACGAAGACAUCUGGCAGAAACUUGAGCGAAGCUCGUCGAGUCACAGACUCGACUCGGCUCGACUCGACUCGGCCAGACUCAGCUCUCAGCUGGAAGAGUCUUCAAUACAGACGAGUCAAACAAUUGAAGACAACCGAUUACUUCGGCCUUUUGCCACAAACAACACUCUCAUUAAACGCAAAACAAAGAAGAAGCGAUUGGAGAAAAAGGAAAGCAGUUGGUCAAAGUUGACGAAAACGUCUGGAUUCUUAGUGGAAGUGACAACUAACAAAGGAGAGUUGAAUAGAGGGUUUGAAAUCGACAGUUUCACUACAAAAUCGACGGAAAAUUUGUUGGAUAAUAUGUGCAAUCGAAACAAUGGCGGGGGAGACGCUUUGAAGUUGGACAAAAACCUAUCAAACCCGAAUAAGUUGGCCGAUAUCAUAGAACGUAUGGAUAAAGUAUUGCUAGCCGCUAAUAAUCACUCAUAGAAAUUAAUUAAAUCAAUAUUCUUGUUUGUAAUUCGAGACAAUAACUAAAAGUAGAUGAGAAUACAGAUUUGCCGUUGAUUCGCAAAUUCGCUGAUUUUUAGAUAUAUUUUUAUUCUUAUUCCUUAUUUAGAAUACACUUUUUCAUUUUUGAUAACGGGGUUUCUGCUUGAAACUACUGUUUUCAUGAAAGUGUUCUAUUCAAAACUUGUGAGGAUUUUUAUACUGUCUACUUUAAUUUAACCGUCGAUUCAUAGUAUUGGUCCUUGAAAUUAUCUCAUUUGUUUUGAAGCACUACAGCUUUAGAUAAAGAAAAUUAGCAAAAUGUCAAGAGUUUAUACACAAGGUGUUCAUGACUCAAGGCUGUGUAGAAGACAUUUUGUCUUAUUUUUGUAGCUGCUUUUCAAACAUGAAAAUAUAUUAGAAUGUAAACGUGUUGAAACGUUAAAAAUCAAUCUGUCCGAAUAAAUGUAGCUCCUAGCUAUUCUAGCAUAAUUUCAAGAAUUUUAGAAAAUUCUAUUAUAUGUUUGACAAACGUUACACAUUUUACAAAAAAAAAAAACAAUUAUCCCAAAGCUAGUUAUGUAAACAUUGUUGAAGUUAUUGAAAUUAAUAUUUAAUUAGCCAAUAUAAUUAUAAUUAUAUAAUAUAAUUCUUAGAAAGUGUACGUUCUGUGUACAGUAAAUUGUUCCAGUUCCAAUCGUAAAUUGUUCCAUCACGUGACUAGUGCAAAAUGUUCCCAUGGAGCGCCAUUUCAAAAUCGUUGGUUCAAGCUUUUGGCGCGCACAUAUAAAGUUGAUUUACACUAAACUGUGUCGUUUACUAGCUGCGUGAAUGAAGAAAGGCUGUUUUACAAACCUACCGUCUAGAAAAGUGUAAAUUUCUUUUAUUCCAUUACUCUCAAAUUUUCUAUCGAGAAAAAUUCAUUUAAUGAAUGGUUAUCAAACAUCAUAUUGUUGGUUAUGUAUUCUAUGCUAUGCUAUAUAUGGUAAACAAACUAUCAGCGCAUGCGCAGAGAAGCAAGCAGACUACAAUAAUCGACCAAUCAGAGCUCAGAUAGUUGGAACUGUACCAGGUCGGACAAUUUACCACACUUCGACUGUGGGGCAGAAAGUUGGAGCUGGAACAGGAUUCUGGAACAGAAUCUGUCAAAAUUCCUCCCAUGGAACGUGGAACUUAUUACUUGGUAAAUUGUGAAUCAGACAAUUUACCACAUUCCAUGUACACAGAACGGGCCCAUUGUGAGACUAAUAAUUAUUUUGAAAAUCCUAUUAUAAACGCAUACACUUCGUACUUAGUUGUUUUUUUUUUGUAAUCUAUUACUAAAUGCUGUGUGUACAGUUCUUAAAAGUUGGAAGAUUAUUUGUGCUAGAUUCCCCUAGAAAUCAAAAAUGUGUUUACAGUCUGAAUGUUAUUCACCUAAAACUGUGAUUGUUCUAAUAACAUUGGAUUUUUUUAUCAAUAUAACUAGCAGGUUCAACCCGCGCUCUGCAAGGGUCUGUGGAUAGCACAUACAUUUUCUAUUCUGCGCAUGUUAAUUUUAUUCUAUUAAUAGUAUAGAUAGUGAAGAUACUCUCUCAAUAUUAUAUUGGUUGCAAUUGAAGUGAUUUAAUUAAGGUUGAACUAUGAGUUUGAAUUUAUGUUUGAUUAUCAAAAAUAAGAAUCAAAGCUAUUUUUAUGUUUCAAAACGUACUUGGUAAUUUACCUAGAAUAAGUAUCGUUCUUUUUCCAAAAAUUAUGAACAGAACAUAUAGGAAAUAGAAACAUUCUGAAACAAUUAAGCUAUGUUCUUAUGUUAACAAUCGUUCAAAAUGUUAUUCACUAUACAUUGUCAGUAUAAUAGUUAAUAAUAACUUGAUAUCAUUAUCUAUUCACCCUAGUCUACAUAUUUUUCAGCUUCAUUUUUUCUGCUCAACUUUAAAAAUGUAAGAAGGUUGCUCAUGAAUUUGUGUUCAUUUUUUCUUGAUAUGACAAGUUUUUGGGAUUGAAUUGUAAUAUUGUAACUUAAUUAUACUCACUCUUCUUUCAAUCUCAUGAAAUUCUUUGUCUGAUUAUAAUAAAUUCCACUUGUACUUGAAGCAUGGUUUGAGAUGUAUAUUUCUUUCGACUAUUCUACCUAUGAAUAUUUUUCAAUAAUACUACAAUCACAUUCCGGUUUGCGAUUGUCUAAUCAAGUCGUAAAUGUAUGUUUGUAUAAUUAUAUUGUAUUGUGUUAAUUUGAAUAAUAAAGCAUUCUUCCUAUUCUAUUCUCUCUCUACUACAAUCUCAUACUUUGUAUUCUAUAUUUUUUAUAACUUAUAUAUGCAACUAUUUCAAAUCAAUUUUUACACUAUUUUAUAAUUAUAUAAUUUUAAAGUGAUUUUUUAUUUUUAAAUUCUACCAAUAAAUGAGGUGGUGUAAAAACGAAAUUCUCAUUUUGUUCAUUUCUAUAAACAAAUUAUAUUUUAUACAAUACACAUUAAAUAUAAUUUUCCCACAGUUACCCGAAAAAGUGCU